GGAGGGCUCUCCAGGCGCCAGAACCCCCCUGGACUGACCUGGAAUCAGCUCUUAAUUUUUUAAACUGCCGCCAGUCCCGACUCAUCUAGUGUGCGGAAGCUGACCCCAAGUCAGUUGUGUAGCAACGGUUCACACAGGAAGCUCGGAAGUCGAAGUUGAAAGGGACGACUGACAGCAGCAGAACCGCGUUUUCUUAAUGCAAGAAGUUCUCAACUGUGAGAAAUCGACACCGCUUGUAAAACAAUGGACAAACUUCGUCGAGUGCUAAACGGUCGCGAGGACAACGAAGAACUUGGUCUGACGUCACAGGUUCUGGAUGCCACAUCACUCAGCUACAGCACCAGGGUGAAGUGGUUUGUCAUAUGUUUCGCUGCAGGCAUCCUGUGCUCAAUACUCGGUUCAGCUUUGCUCUUCCUGCCUAAUGGAAUCAAACUGUUUGCAGUUUUCUACACGUUAGGGAACAUCGCAGCUCUUUCCAGCACCUGCUUCCUCAUGGGACCACUGAAUCAGUUGAAGCGCAUGUUUGAACCAACAAGGCUCAUCGCGACGAUUGUCAUGCUGCUUUGUCUCAUCUUAACUCUCUGCUCCGUCUUUUGGUGGGCUAAAAAGGGGCUGGCCAUCAUCUUCUGUAUUCUGCAGUUUUUGGCAAUGACAUGGUACAGUAUCUCGUACAUUCCAUUCGCCAGGGACGCCGUGAUGAAGUGCUUCACCACCUGUCUGAGCUAGAACGCUCAGGUCUCCUUAUCCCUGCGGAGACUGGUCCUAAAAUGCAAACGCUGCAGCAGCCACCGCAGCUCUGUGCAAUAUAAUGUACAUCGGCCUGCUACCAGUGAUGAUUAGAGGUUUUAUUGUUCAAAAUGUCAACCCGUGCUUCAUUUUCUUUAAAAACAUUACACUGUUUGCUUCUUUAUGAAUGGAGUAAUACACGGUUAGAACGUAAUAUAUUUAAAUUUGUUGGGUUUUUAUACCAUUUCAACGCGAUGAGCUUUAAAAGAGAUGACCAACCUUUUCCUCCUCCUCUGUUUCCUGUUGUGUAAAGACAAUAUAUAAUACGGUUUUCUGUCACUCUGUCGUUGAAUGAGUUUCUUUUCAAAACAAACCCCCUGAAGAUGCUGAGAUGUAUGUCUUCCGCCGAGGCUUGCAGAUGCUCAUCAAAAGUCAGGGGUCUUGACAGUGCCCCUCCCCCCCACUUUUUUGCUCAGCAAAUUGCAUUAGAAUUGGUUCUCCCUUUAAAAUUUGAUUUCCUGCCAUAUGUAUUCAUGACCCAGUUAAUUACGCUCUUCUGAGCAUUGUGAGUUUGAUGUGACCUAAUAACCCAAUAUAGCUUGCAUGGUUAUGGCGUAGCCUUUGAGGAUGGCGUCGUCAUGACAACCCUCUGGAAGAAGCAUCACCUCAGUCUACCCCCAUUUAUGCUGCAGAUGUUCAUGUUACGCCGAUAAGAGGGCGGCGUCGGUUUGGUUUCAUAGAGAGCCAUGGCUUGAGGAAUGGUUGAAGCAAUACUGGCUCAGAUUUGGACGUGGACCUGCUGACAAAACAUUCCCCAGUAAGAGUGGUAAGAUACAUACAGAUACAUUUAUAAAACCUCUCCAGCUUUUCCUCCCGCAGUCACUGAGCAGGAACCAUCCGAUUCAGACAAAGCAUUGAAACAAGACAAAUCUCAACUGACCUGAAGCUUGACUAGUCUUCCCCCAGUUUUCCCUGUAUUCUGUGCUCAGGCAUCCUCUCUAGUUUUCAUGCGUUUGAUUUCUUUAUCUUUAUUUUUACUUUUCAAUGUGAAUCAAGUCUUUGACUGAUGUGAUCUUCACAUCAAGGGAUCUUUUCCAAACUAUUUAUGAAAAAAACCUGACAUUUUUCUGGCAAAAUCUUUACAAAUAUGAAUUAUCAAUGAUAGUAAAAUCCAACCUAAGUCAUAUUAAUUACAUUUCUGUAGGUAAUUAUUCAGUCUCUUCUUUUAUUUUUGCAUUUUAUUUUUUAUUUGUUUUAUAUCUGGAUCUUAUGAAACAAAUGUUUUAAGUUAAAAUGACCUGCUCCAGGUCUCAAUGGUUCCUCACCACCACCACCAGUGCACCGCCACAGGAGAAUUUGUUGUGUUUUGCUUAACAAUAGUGGAGGUGUUUCAGAACCUUCAAACAGAGGGAUAAAAAGUUGUGGAAAGAUCAUCUGUUCGUCCUCUAGGUUCCAAAAACCACCCAUUAUCUUAGUGGAGGAGGAGAUACCCUCAACAUUCAAGCGACUCACAACCUUCCUGCACCACAGCUCCUCCCAUUCAGACUUCAUCCGAGCCUCCUCAUGAGCAGUACAAGAGAGUCCUCUUCCUGUGUGUUGCACCACCAGACGCAAGACUCCUCUGCAUUUUACUUCCUGUUGUUGAGCGGCCUCACAGUUUCAUUAGGCUCUUGUGUAACGUGCCGGAGGAUUAUCGCAGACAAAAUCUCCCCUCAGCACUUCUUGUCCAACUAACUUGGCUGAGACCCCGUAAAUCCCUCUAUAUUUUCCAAGUAAUCUGCUGGAUGGAUUCUCUUGAAUGUUGUUUCGCUUUUCUUCGCUCGCCAUUUUUGGAUUAGAGUUUGGGACGGACGACCUCGACAAGCUGUUGUUGUCCCGACUGUUUCCUCUGUGUUACGUCUCAUCCAUAUGUCACAGAGAGGACAAGGCAUGGCUGCUCCGUAAGAUGAUGCAGGACCUUAUCUGUGCCUCGGAUGAUCACUUUUUGAAAAUUGAAUCCAGAGGAAGUGGGGAAAAAAUGCAUUGAUUUCUGGUCCAGUCAUGUGGCAUGAAUUGUCAAUCUGUCUGUGUGAAAGUGCAGAUAACAGCAGAUGUGAAGUGAAAUCAAUCCUCAAGACUA